UUCCUUUGAUUGAUAUUGUCAUGGCGCCAGAUUACCGUUGCGGUAUCGUCCAUUUCAACGACGUAUAUCAUGUUUCUCCAGGUAAAUCAGAGCCUGUAGGAGGAGCAGCCAGAUUCACGACCGCCAUUCGAGAUUCUCGACAGCACCUAGAAUCGCAAGGCUAUUCCGACCCUAUGGUUCUCUUCAGUGGUGACGUUUUUUCACCAAGUACUGAGAGCUCAAUAACUAGAGGAAAGCACAUGCCAGAUAUACUCAAUCAAUUAACUAUUGACGCCGCUUGUGCGGGCAACCAUGAUUUUGACUUUGGGUUACCACAAUUACAAAAGCUCAUGAAAAUGACCAACUUUCCUUGGCUACUGUCCAACGUACUGGACAAAAACACAAACUCACCACCAAUAGGCGUCAAAAGACAUCUUGUUCUAGAGUGUAAAACCAGUGGACUUCGCAUCGGAGUUAUUGGCUUGGUUGAAAAAGAAUGGAUAGACACCAUCCCUUCAUUUCCUCCUGAAUUGGAAUAUCAUGACUUUGUGAACGUGGCUAAAGACAUGUCCCGUAAACUACGGGAUCCGAAUGGCGAAGACCAUGUUGACUUGGUGGUGGCUUUGACGCAUAUGCGAGUUCCAAAUGAUAUAAAGCUUGCAAACGAGUGUCAAGAGGAAAUAGAUUUGGCUCUGGGAGGACAUGACCAUUUUUACUAUAUAUCGAAAGGAAUAGAUAUUGUAGGUGAUACAUGGACUAGAGAGAAAAAUAUAGAUGAAAUAGGAUUUGAUCCGGAAGAGGGUAUUCCAGCGUCUACAAGGCUUCGUGUCGUGAAAAGCGGAACCGACUUUCGAGAGCUAUCCGAAAUCACUAUGGAUAUCGCUAGAGACGAAAAUGGACAAUGUAGGAUUGACGCUAUUCGAGUGACCAGGAAACCUAUCACAUCAGAUGUCGCGGUAGAUAAAGAAACUGAAAGAUUGGUCGAUGAUAUUGGAAAAACUGUAUCAGCCAAAACGGAAUACGCCAUUGGCUAUACCUUGGAAGCGCUCGAUGGUAGAAGUAGUGCUGUGCGUACAAAGGAAACCAACCUUGGCAAUUUGACAAGCGACUUGAUGAUGAAUGCAUACAACUCUGUCAUUGGUCAAGUGGACGCUGCGUUCUGUUGCGGUGGUACAUUUCGUAGUGACAAAAUUCAUGGCCCAGGUCCUGUCACGCUGGGUGAUAUUUUGGACAUAUUUCCAUAUGAAGAUCCAGUAGUGGUCAUCAAGGUAACUGGUCAGCAGCUAUGGGACGCUCUCGAGAACAGUGUCUCUGAAUACCCGAAACAAGAAGGGCGGUUCCCACAACUGGCUGGAUUACGUAUUGAAUGGAAUCCAUCCGCUGAACCAGGCAAGCGACUUCGCAAAGUGCAUAUGGUGGUUCAUUCCAAACAAGGUGUGUCAGAAUGUCUGGAGUCUGGUCGUUCAUCUUCACCAUUCAAUUAUGAGCCAGUCCCGGUUCGACCCAAUCAAGAACGUUACAAGCUAGAGAAUAUGGUGCCUUUGGACCUUCAAAAGCAUUAUUGGCUGGCUACCCGUGCUUAUAUGGCUGAUGGAUAUGAUGGAUUUCAUUCCUUGAAGGUUGGCGCAAAGAACGUCUUGAUUGAUGACGAGCAAGGUCUUAUCAUUUCAACUUUGUAUCGAAAGUUUUUCCUUGGUUUGAAGUAUGUCAACGCCAUCCAAGACACCCUAACUGAAAAACAUCAUCAUGAUGAAAAGGUCCAAGCAAUUGUUGCUAAUGUAGCGCACAAGUGGCGGAACAAGGCAAGCAAUCGAACUGAAAGUCCAGAACGUCCGGAAACCAAGGCGCUACGACACUGCACGACAGCAGCAAUCCGUAAAGCUUUUACAGGCUCCAUACGCGGCCAUCCCGAGUGCGUAAAAAGCGAAAGUGAUGAUGAAGAGGAUGAAGUACACCCCACGAGCAACUCACACUGGGUCCGGCGAUGGGCUAGUAUUGCGCCUACAGUUGAUGGACGCAUCAUAGCGGUCGAUGAUUAGGUUAACUUCUGUGCCUAUCCACCCGAAUUGAAUGAAAGGGAAGGGAAAGGGAAAAAAGGAGAUACCAAAUAGAAAUUGAUAAAUGACCGAAUUGAAAUCAUAUUUACCAAAUAAAACGAUGCUACGAUCAAGAGUAAAAGUACUCUAUCUUCGCGUAGAGUAUUUUGUGCAAAUUUUUCGUAAUUUGCAAUAUUUAAACAAAAGAUAGGACACAGCAAAAGAGAUAGUUGACAACGCAAUGAGCACUGGCCACCAGUUGAUAUAAAU